AUGGCUGGAUCAAAUCGGCUGGCGCCAUCUCGGUCGUCCCAGCAGCUGCCUACGCAUAACGCGUUCCUGCCGCAACGGCUGCCGCCGUCGACGAGCUCCAUCUCGCUCGCCUUCCCAUACAACGCGAGCGUGCACAGCUUGUUGGCACAGGGUUCGCGGGUGCGCAGCAGCGGGACGUGGACGGCAAGCAGCGGAGAGCUGGGUCUCGUGAGCGACACGGAUGAGGUGGACGACCGGGCCGUCUACGUUCACGAGUACAACCGCCUGGCGAAGAAGCACGGCGUGAGACCGCUGAUAGUCCAGGACUUUACUGCCGAGCAGCAGGGCGAUGCCGCAAAGGGCCCAGACAAACGGGGGUGGCUGCACAGGUUCCUCCAUCCCAACCCGAAUCGAUGCUCAUCCUCGUCGGCGCCGACUCAUCUGCAACCGCGUCAUAAAAAGAGCGCGUCGGAUCUUGCUCACAUGCUUCACUCGCGGCGGGAGCCUCCGCGCCUCGUCGACAUACAGGACAUGGUGCGUCUGAGCGGCAAGAGCGUGCUUUACUUGCCUCCCGAGUACGCACCAUGCUCGCUGGUUCUGCCCACGUGUAUCCGAGCCACGGCGCAGCAUCUGGCACAGAAUGCCACCACGCGCGGCCUGUUCAGGAUCCCAGGAUCUGUGAGGAUCGUGACGACACUAUUCGACCACUACUGCUACCUCGCCAAGGACAGCGACGACAUUGCAAGCACGGUCCGCUGCGCCAACCUUCCGGGGCAUAUCCCGUACGCCAUCCACGAUGUCGCCUCGACAUUCAAGCGCCUCCUAUCCGUCCUACCAGGAGGGAUACUCGGAUCCUUGGCUCUCCUCGACGCGCUUGUCGCCAUCCACUCCCAGCUCAACGGCGAACCCGAGUUUCCACGAACCAAGCAGACCAAGGUCCGGGCGAGACUCAUAGCUCUGGCUAUUGGUACCGUCAAGUCUCAAUUCCGCCGCGAGCUGAUCUGCUCCGUGUUUGGCCUCCUCAGCCUGAUCGGGCGCGCCGCCGAGGUGACGCCGCGGGAGGACAAGGACGGGCGCCCACUCCCGACGGGCGACUUGAUGGGAUAUACAGCGCUUGGCAUCGUCUUUGGGCCGCUUCUCGUCGGGGAUCUGCUGGAUCAGUACAACAUGAAGCUGGCUAGUCCAACAUCAGGCAUGCUCCUCUUUCCUCUCAGCCCGCAGAGACUUCGUCGGGACAGGCGCAAACCCAAAGCAGCCAGCAGCCAGACUGGGCCGCCCACGGUAGACAAGAUUCUGGUGGCCAACAGUCUUGCAGAGAUGCUCGUCUCGAACUGGCGUGACAUUGUGCGCCAGAUGAAGUCGCUGGGACUGCAUCAUCGCAAGAACGCCUCGUCUGUGAAUCUGCGCAAUGGCCUGCUGCGGCCCUCUGCUUCGGACUUUGCCAUAAAGAUGCCGCAGAACAUGAACGAAGGCAAGCGGGAAGCCAACGAGGAGAAGGGGAAUGGAAGCCCGGAGCCAGAUACCCCGACGAUGGGAAUUGUUGCCCAAGAUGAGCAUGGGGACUCUGACGCCGACGAAGGAGGAGAGCCUGGGAGACGUGGAGUCGACCAGGGCGGGACGCCGAUCAAGACGAAGCGACGUGUCAACUUCCACGGACAGACCUGA